AGAGAAGAUUUUGUACACUCUAUUCUACAGUGUGUACGCCAGUACAGACUAGCAUAAGCUAUUGAAUUUGCUGUUUUAUUUUAAUGUGUAGAAAGUUUAACUAAAGUGCAUCUAAACAGAACAAGUCUGUCGUGUUACUGUUGAUUUAACGUACGCAUGCGCGUUAAAUGAUUACGUUUUUCCAGAUUAACUUGAGUGCUUGCCAGCUCACUUUUACGAAUGCAUGAUUCGGUUCACGCGUUCCCGUGACAACACGCGUUUCCGUGAGUGAAACGAGCAACGCGACAUAAGCAGACAGGGCGCAGCGAGUACAGUAACGACGGUUUCGUCAGUGCAGCACACACGCUUCGUCGCCAUCGAUGACGUCAGCUGCCGUCUUGCGAUAUGGAGUCCAUCAGAAAAUGGUUUUACAAACCUAAGAAGGAUGACACUAGUCUACUGGCUCAGUUCUUUUAUGCUGAUGAGUCGUUGAACACGGUUGCUUGUGAAUUGGACUCUUUUGACGGCCGCCAGGAGCCAGAAAGAUGCACGUCGCUGGUGAAUCAGUUGCGACACUGUCAAGACAAAGUGCUGACGAUCUGCAAUCAGAUUAUGGAUGACCUGAUCCCAGAGAGCAGAGCCAACCGGGAUUUUAGAGCAAAGUUUCCUGAUGAUGUUAUGCAGGAGAAUCUGGCCGGACAAUUGUGGUUCGGCGCAGAGUGUUUAGCGGCUGGUUCAUCAAUUAUGAACAGAGAGGCUGAAAGCUCAGCUAUGAGACCAUUAGCAAAAGCUCUCACUAAGUCGCUAGAAAUCGUCAGGAACCUACUAAGAGAACACGCACUCAAAGGUCACAUGAAUCUGAAGUAUCUUUCUCAGACGCAAAAUCCACUCGAACCGUCUCUGGAAAAGCUUGUGGAAUCCUUGAAGAUUUUCGACCGACUUUUCGCUGAUUUUGAAUUAUGUUAUGUCGGCGCCAUGGUGCCGGUGAAAUCGACAAAGGAAUAUGAACAGCAAGAACUCGUAUGUGUGUUGUUUUCGGAAACUUUACAACGAGCGCUUGAACGUGGUCUGUUGAACCAAGCAGACGUGGAUAACUAUGAGCCAGCUUUGAUGUUCACCAUUCCUCGUCUAGCCAUUGUUUCUGGACUUUUAGCCCCGCCUGGAGGACCGUUGUGCCUCAAUUCGCCUGAUACUAUAAGCGAGAUGUUUAGACCGUUUAGGACCCUUCUCGUUAAGAUAAGAGAACUACUGUGGACAUUAAAUAACAAUGAGUUAUACAUGCUGGAGAAAUUAUUGUGCUCGAGCGAAGAGCCAUCAAGCUCGAUAAUACGGUCAACAAAAUCGGCGCGCCAAGAUAUGGAGCAGUUUGCCUAUAAUUUUUAUACCGGUUACUCCAAUUGUAAAGAAUUUAUCGCAGACUUUUAUACCGUGACGAAAAACGCAGGCAACAAUAUGGAUGAGGUAGCGAGCGAUGCAGUUAAGUCGUUAGACGAAGAAAGCGGUAAAAUGACCGAUCAACCUGUGACGAUCAAGGAUGACGAACAGGACAAAGAGGGCUCUAAGGCAGAAAAGAACACGGAUACGGAAAGUAGGCACGAAGACUUAAACUUAUCUUUAGGCGGAUGUGAUAAUAACAUAACGUGUAAUAGCAGUGAGAAGACCCAAAGCGACGAAGAAAAGGUUGAUGAACAAGAACCAUACGGACGAGAAAAACUCUCGGUUAUUUGUUUGCGCAACGACAAACAAUUGCCCUGCAACCAUGAUUCCGUUUCCGAUUGCGAUACAACACAUGAAAACAACAGCAGUGACAAGAGCUUUGACUCGAUAGUAGAUGAUGGCAACACAACGACAAAAUUGGAUGUAGCGGGAAAUAGUAUUUCAAAUAACAUCCAAGAUACGAUAACUAACGUGCGGGAUAAUGAAGAGGACUUCAUUACUCCUAGCAUGACUCAGAUGUUCGAAGACACCGAUAACAUUGACAUUCCUCAGACUACUCAGUAUCUGCUUAAUCAGGUUACUUGCGAAAAUGCUUCCAUUAUGAAUGACAACGCGGCCGCGCACAUACAGAGUUCUCUACCCGAUCUGGAUUCCAAGAAACUCAUCUCGGAAGCAAAUAAAACUCUCUCGAACUUUUUACUGGAUGUCGCUGGCGAGUGCCAGAACGAAAUAUCGGAGCAAACCGACUCCGGAAUAUGUACAGUAAUCUCAUCUGAGAACACAAGUCUGUACGACAAGAGUCCAGAGGAAAAGAAAACUUUCGCCGAGAUUCAACGAAACGAAGAGGAGAGACGCGUGUCCGACGAGGAAGAUGAUACACAGGAGAACACUAGUUACUCCUGUUCGAAUCUGAAUUCGCCUAAAAGAAGAAACUCCGCCGUCGUUUCAGAGAAGUGCGUCUGUGGCAUGAGAAGCAAAAGCGCGAUCGCGCCAUUAGAUCAUUCAAUCGAGGUGUCCAGUUUGCAUGCAAAUACUGGAGAGACGCCCGGCAAGAACAUUCCACGAAUAUCGUCAAACUUCGACGGCACUAACGAGGAGUUUAUUGGCAUAGCGUACGGUAAUGGCAACGUGACGCUUUGCAGCUCCAAUCAGUCUACCUUUCAGAUCAAUUAUUCCGAAAACUGGGAGAAUCUUAAUCUAAACAUUGACGCGUCAAGCUCUAGAAAAGAAUUCUGGGGUGACCUGAAGUGUGAAAACUGCCCGUCCACUUCCCAGAGUAUCGACAGGAUAGGCAAUACAAUUGAGAAGUAUACACAGGAUAAAAGCAAAACGAGAGACGAGAGACAGCGGCGACGACAUCACCAGCACAAACUGGAUCGAAACACGCAGAGAAUUCAUCAUAGUAGACAUCAGACAGAAAAGAGACAGAACCUGCAGAUUGUGCGAUCAGCUACGAGCACCGAAAGCUCUAGGUCAAAUUCGACGGAUCGUUGCUUAAAUUCAUCUCGAUUGGCUGGCCUUGGCGCUAGCUUGCAUCUUGGCCAAAAUACCAGACAGAUGCCGAAUUUUGGAAGUCACAGUCCGCAUAUGAGUCCUAGACUUCACCACUUUGAAUCGCCGCGUAGUAAUAUACCGGGACAACGCUGUUGUAACGUCGGCACACAAGUAAACAGAAACUCUGCGUCGCCGCAGAGCAAGAAGUUAUUGGAUCACAGAAGAUCCAAGUCCGAGCAGAUUGUUAAAACGAAGAGAAAGGACGUUGUCGAGAAAAGAGACAAGUAUGAAAAAGUGAACACGAAGAGAAAGUUAAGGAAUACAAGUUCUAAUAGUAACCUGAUGAACGACGGAUUGGGUCCGAGAACGGAUAAAAGUGGUUUAGUGACGGAAACUUCAUCCACUUCCUGCGCGACUACGCCACCACAGAACAUUCGACGUGAGUUUGCUAAUUCUGCGAGAGGCAAUAAUUCACGGAGGUCCGCGCGAUCGACGAGACUAGUCAACGCGUCCACAAUAUCACACGGCAUGUCGAGUUUAAAUUCUGAUCAAUCACUAAACUACAAUAAGACCGACAUGGUUACGAGCUCCAGCUGCUCGAGCUGUUGCGGCGAUUCUAGUUCGGAAACUAGUGAGUUCCACAGUGACUGUCAGGACGAUGAAGAGAUUGCGCUAGCAAUGCAGGCCGCCGAGAUUGCAAAUAGAAAUCAGAUCAGAGCUAAGUUUCGAUCCUCGGAAGAUUUAGUUCAUCGUCUCUUCGUCUGUAUAGCCGGUGUAGCGGAUCAGUUGCAAACGAAUUUCGCAUCCGAUCUGCGGAAUAUCUUAAAAUGCGUUUUUCUUAUGAACAGUAGCCAAAUGAUAGAAGACACAGAAUCGAAGGAUCAGAGUUCAGCUACUACGAAUCAAUCGACGUUAACGGAUAAUACGUUUAGCGAGACGAUCGAGACAGGAGAUAAUCACAAUCGGCAACAAGACUCGUUGCCGGAAUACGAGGAGGAUAUGGAAGAGACCGUUUUGACGCAUGACCGAAUUUCCCCCGUUACCGAAAGAGGAGAAGAGUGCGUAGAGAGAGCACCCGCUUGGGUGCCAGAUAACGAUGCGCCGAGAUGUAUGGCUUGUCAAGCUGGAUUCACGGUAGUGCGACGCAGACACCACUGCCGAAACUGUGGCAAGGUGUUUUGCGGUCGUUGCAGCAGCAACAACGUUCCAUUGCCUCGUUAUGGACAUACGAAGCCCGUCAGAGUGUGCAAUAGGUGUUUCUUGUAUCAAGUGACGCCGUUCACUGUUUCCCAAGUCACACCCACUAGCUGAACGUUGCUGCUGAGUCUCUUUUCGUCUCUGACCGUCUCUUAUCAAUUUCAUUAUUUUCCACUAAGUUUUCUAUAUGCGCCGGGUUGUCUGGAAAAUUUCUUUUUUUCGAUAGAUCUCCAUUUCUCACGAGAUGCAGUACUAUACUUUAUUCUUUCAUCUAUUCUUUUCGCAUAUAAACAGAAUUAAAGCGGGAGGCACGAUAGGGCAGCUCAAUUUAAAUUAUGCAAAAGAUAUCGAAAAGUUAUGAAAUGACACGUAUACAAAGUACCUCAUAAUGAUCGUUUCAAAUACAUACUACGGCAUACUUGGAAUAAAUCAGAAAUUUUUUUCUCAUGUAAAAAUUUAGAUAAAAUGUUCUUUCUGUAUUACUUCAUCUUUUAGCGAACAUCAAAUGGGUUGCAAUCAAAGUAUACGUACUGAACCGCCACGACUAUCGCUGGACUAUUAUUUAUGCCUUCACUCUUUCUCACCAGAUGAAUUUUAUUCAAUAAAAGAUUGAAUAAUUAAAAAGUAAGAUGUUAUCUAAAUUUUUGCAAGAAGAAGAUAUUAUUUCUUCUUGGUUUGGUGACAAAGUGAUGUGCAUUUCGAGUAAUUAUUAUGAUAUAUAUAUACACACACACACACAUCUAUAUAUGUAUGCAUGUGUGUAUAUAUAUAUGUAUAUAUACGCAUCGAAAAAAAUACAUAUAUAAAGAUCUAUUUUUUCCUUCCUUCCUCCAUUUUUUUUUCUUUCACUGACUUUUAUUAACUCAUUUAUUAACUUUUACUAACUUUUAACUUUUGCGUUUGUUUGAGAAAUCGCAACAGACUUCCCGGGCGACCCAGUGUAUAUCUAUACUCAUUACUUUCAAUGUACGUACUUGCGUGCAAAUCUGAUACCCUUUAAUAAAAUCGCUGUUUUCAUAAUAGGAUUGACAUGUAAAAGUUCUUUUAACGACAUAGAUUAAAUUGUAUAAUUAUAUGAUAUGUUCACGCGGUAUUGGAAAAAAAUUUAAUUCAUACUAAUUGAUAGCUUCGUAUAUAAGUCAACGUUCGCCGCGUUAUUCAGUUAUUUAAAGGACUAAGCAAAUUGUUGAAUCGUUUGGGUGAUUGCACUUUUUUCUAUUUUUCAUAGAUAAUAUAACAUGUAUCGAAAAAUGGGGCAUUCGUGAACCGCUUCAUUUUUUCAAUAUUAUAAAACAAUUUUAAAGACGUACAUAUAUAAUUAACGAGAGGAAUCUAAAAGGGAUCGUUACCGCUAGAUUACUUCUCUCGCAUUGUUUGUACACAUUCGUGUACACUUAAAAUAUAAAAGUGACACGUUACACACAAAUAUCGGCGCUGAUCGCUCAUAUUUUUACACAUUAUAAUUAGAUUAUAGUUUUGGAAAAUGUUAGUCCAAUGUAUGUAACAACACAAUUUGUAUAGAUCUUAAAAUUUCUUACAAAAUCAUAGAAAUUUUAUUUCAUAAAAGAAUCUUGUCUUCGUGUUUUAAUUAGAUGAUUGUACACAGGACAAUAAUUUGCAUAUCAAGAGUAUUUUUACGUUAUUACUAAUCUUAAUAUUCUUCCUCUACUUAUCAUUAAUGUUAAAAUUAAUUUAAUUAUCAUAAUUAUCAUUAUUGAUAUAAAUUUAAGCUUAGAAAAGUUUUGUCUUCGUAAAAAAUUUGUUGUUUAAAUUAAAUGAUUAUUAGAGCCUUCUAAAUUGCAAAUGCAGAUUCUUACUGUAAAGUGAUUUAUCUUGGAGUUUAGUUAGAAGUAAUAAAAACUUCUUUCCUUCCCGUGUUAUUCACAAUAAAAUAGCACUUUAAUCUUUAACAUAAGACAAAAAUAAGACUAAUAGAUCAUUGAGUUUUCGAUUUGUUUAUAAUAUAAUAGCGAUGUAAAUAAUAUUUUUUUUAUUUCAUUCAUAUAAGCUUAUAUAUUAGUGUUAUGUAUUACUACUUAGAGUUGUCGAAGCGCUAAUCGCACAUAUAUUAAAAAAAAUGUUUCCGCCCCGAUGUAUAGUAGAAUGUUAUCAAUCCCGGCAAAAUUUCAAAUUAAUACAUAUAUAUUUUUGCUCUUAUUAAUAUCUGAAUUAGCAUUUCAAAGAUGAGAAUAACAGGAAGCAACGAGCAUCGUUAUAUCAAUGUUGUUUUAAUGGAAGAUCUUUUUUACUUAUAAAAACACAUCUGUAUUUCUUUAAUCUCUUAAUAACAAAAAAAUUUAUUCGACACUUGCGUAUAGUCCAUAAGUUUGAGCCGAUUGUCGAUAGAUAUUUUUCCAUUGAAGAUACUGAUAGACUUCCGUAAAGAGGAGAAGCUGUGAAAAGUUAUCGCCCUUGAAAUGUAAAAUCUAUGUAUAGCGUAUAUAUGCAUGGUUUAUGUGUCUACUAUUGUAAAUACACACUUUGAAACAAAUGCGAUAAUGUGAAAAGGAACGUAAAUUUACGUUCGAUAAGCAAGCAUAUGGUCAGGUCAUAAUACUAUCGUUCAUAAAUAUUCGCUUUAAAUCUUCGUCUCGUCGCGUUUUAAAAAGUUUAAAAAUACAUGGUUAAAUAAAUAUUUAUGAGCGGUAAAAUAAGUAUCGCGCUGCGCGACAGAAUUUUUAAGCUACUACUGCCUGCUCUGAUAUCUCGAGAUGUACACACCCAACACACACAGGUGCAUUAGCACACAUACAAUUUGCUCCUGUGCCAAAUUUAAUGACAAUAAGUUUAUUCUUUUUUAUGACACAUAAAUUUGGUUCCUAUCGCGGGAAGUUUGGAAGCUAUUUGGGGACUGCGUAAAUUGAAACGUACGCGAGAUAUUUAAUGAAACAUUGGUACAUCAGUAGUCAUACGUGUCUUAACAUUAUUUUCGUAGGAAAUGCUAGUAAGUAAAUAAGCGUUAAGACAUGUGAUACUUGGUAUACAUUUCAAUUGAAAAGAAAAAAAGUGAAGAAAAGGGAAAAAAGGACUGAUUGAAUGCAUGGAUCGUUUGUUCGUUAACGAUUCGAGAGUUAGCCGUAUAUAAUCAAUUUAAACUUCGCGUAAAAUAGAUUUUUCUGGUUUCUUUUUUAAUAAAAUAUUAUAUAUUAAUUUAUUUUAA